AUGAAGAAAAAGAACAAGACGCAGAUUGAACCAAAACGUUCUCCGGAGCAAACCGAGGCUUGGAUUCUUGGCACCGGCACAGCGUCCUUGGCGUCCGCUUUUUAUCUGAUCAAGCAUGCCAGGUUAUCACCUCAGAACGUGCAUAUACUGGAGUCGCGUGACUCGGUUCAACAAGUUUUGCAUCGAAAGGGCGACCCGUCCAGCGGAUACGAUCAGUUCGCAGGAUGCUUGCCUGUUCCAAUCGGUGGUCCCUUGAAAGAAAUCCUCGCUUGUAUCCCGUCUACUAUCUCAUCACCAGCUGGCCAACAGAGCUUCUUAAACGACAUACAGUCAGCAGAAGUAAACCGAAAGAUCGAAACGGAAAGUAGUGCUAUAGGCGUUCUGGUGCAAAAAAAUCGCUUGAUACGGAACAUUGCGACUGGUUCGCUCAACUUGAACCUCAAACACCGAUUGAAUCUAGCACGAUUUGUUUUGAAACGAGAGAAAAGACUCGGGAGGAAUCAAAUCAGAGACUUUUUCUCCGAAGCUUUUUUUCAAACUUCGUUUUGGGCUAUCUGGUCUGCUCAAUUCGGUCUUCAACCUUGGCACAGUGCAGCUGAAUUUAGGCGUGCUAUACGCCAGUACCUCGGUGAAUUUCAUACGCUCUCAAUUUUGAACUGCCUUGAUAUCACAGGCCACUACCAAUAUGAGUCUAUAUUCCUUCCCAUCUACCGCUUCCUCCGGAGCCUUGAUGUGGACUUUCAGUUUGAUACCAAGGUUACGGGUAUUAUGACAACCUCCGACGAUCCUCAAUCAAUUUCACGGCUAGAAGUGGUUCAGAACGGAUUUCAGAGCUAUAAGGACAUUGGCACUCACGAUAUCGUUAUUGCGACACUAGGAUCGACCGAAUCAGGGACUGUGGUUGGAUCAAAUGAUGAUCAACCGCCUACAGUCUUAUUUGACGCUUACGAGGAUCUCGAUGAGAACUGGUCACUAUGGCUCGCGCUUAAUUCUAAAGACAAAAAAUUCGGCAACCCCUACGCCUUCUGCACUCGUCGAUCUCAAUCAAUGUUGGAGUCUUUCACGAUCACUACAGAAGAUCUCAACUUUUUCAACUAUCUCACUACUCUCUCGCGAUCCACGUUGAAAACAGGAGCUUUUAUCGUUCUCCAAGAGAGUCGAUGGAAACUUAAUCUGUGUUUACCUGCGCAGCCAGUAUUUCCACAUCAACCUCGAAACGUACGCGUUCUUUGGGGUUUCGCGCUUUUCCCCGAGGGUAUAGGGAACUAUGUCAAGAAACCGAUGCUGCAAUGCUCGGGCGCAGAGAUCACGGCGGAACUUCUUCAACAUCUAAAUUUUCCGCCUGAGCUACUUUUUCAACACACGGUGACUAUUCCACGCGUUAUGCCGCGCAUGAGUACAAUUUUACUAGCUCAUUCGCGGGAUGAACGCCCUGAGAUCAUUCCUCGGAAUACCACCAAUAUCGGACUGGUUGGGCAAUUUGUUGAGAUUCCGCAGUACAGCUGUAUUGAUAUGAGCUACGCUGUUCGUGCAGCGCAAAUGGUUGUAUCCCGGCUGAUGGGUCUCGAUAUACCGUCGAAUGAGAUGAGGAGGUCUCUCAUUGGAAUUUUGCUAAGGAUUCUACUCUGGAAUUGA